AUGGGCAAGGACUCCUUCUCAGACGGUGACUCGAAGAAGGGUGCCAACCUCUUCAAGACCCGCUGCGCACAGUGCCAUAACUUGAAGGCGGACGAGGGCAACAAGAUCGGCCCCAACCUCCACGGCCUCUUCGGUCGCCACACCGGCUCGGUUGAGGGUUUCUCGUACACGGACGCCAACAAGUCGAAGGAUCUCGUAUGGAAGGAGGACACCCUUUUCGAGUACCUUGAGAACCCGAAGAAGUACAUCCCGGGUACCAAGAUGGCCUUCGGCGGUCUGAAGAAGGGCAAGGACAGGAACGACCUGAUCACCUUCCUGCGCGAGGAGACGAAGUAA